UGAUAAAACGAGGCUUACACUUUCCCCAGCAAGUAUCUGCUGCUUGGCUGGUGUAUUUUUGAAGUUAUGAUUUAGUUUCCAGCCAAAGCUGUCGUUAAAUGAGUGUAUUUGAUUUGUUUCGCGGAUUCUUCGGGGUACCCGGAGGUCAUUAUCGUGGCCGGAGGGACCCUUUCUUCGAUGCCAUGACUCAUGAUGACGACGAUGAUGACGAAGAAGAAGAUGGAUUCUACUAUGACGGGUUUCGGGGAGACCAGCAGGAUCCCUUUGAUAGUGCUUUGAGGUUUGGCUUCAGCUUUGGCCACGGGAUGAGGAUCCAGGAACCUCCCGUGUUUGGCCAGGUGCUCAGGGAGAUGGAGGAGAUUUUCUCCCAGCUGGGUCGCUGGGACGGACAGCAAGAGUCUGGACACUUUGGUGUCCCCAGCAUCAUGCCGCCACCACCUCAGGACAGGACAGAGAGGGACAGAUCUGGUGGGAACCCCCUGAGGGACUUCAUGCUCAAAUCACCUGAUAACGACCCACAAGGGACCCCAAGCUGGGCCGUCCAGAGAGCCAGACACGAUGGCCGCCCAUCUUAUGAGUCACCAGAACUUCCCAGCUCCCCAUUUCAUGGAUGGACCCCUUUUUCAAAGUUUAAUGAUAUUUGGAAAAAGGGGCCGCAGAGAGCUCCAGAGGAGGAGCGCAGAGAAGACAGAGAUCUGGAUUCUGCAGUGUCCUCUGGAGGCCUGGAUCAGAUUCUGACGCCACCUGCUGGUCAGGCACCAAACCAACCCAGGACCCGCUCAUUCUUCCAGUCAGUCACCGUCACCAAGGUGGUGAAACCUGAUGGGAGUGUAGAGGAGAGGCGAACAGUUCGAGACGGCCAAGGCAACGAAGAGACCACAGUGACCCGCUCAGGAGGUCCUGGCACCUUUGAGGGACCAGACCGUCAAACUGGACCUGUCAUCUCAGGUCACAGUCCAUUUUCUGACAUGCGGGAUGAUGACUUGUUCUCCAAGUUCUUUGGAGGGUUUAAAUAACAUGAAGAAGGAAUAUAAAGUGAAAGCGUGUAUUCUCUGGACUGGUUGACUUUAGCUCUUGUUCUCUGAUAAUAUUUCAGUCUGACUGUUUCAGUAGAGCUGUGAGUUUGCAUAUGUUUAGGAUUAUAUCUGGACAAAAACACUUGCACGACCUUCAGUUGCCAAAAUGAACGUCUUGGAUCAGGGCUGCCAGAUUGUUUCAGGUCACACCGAGUUUCCACACUGAGUAGACUAGAAGCUGCCAAUCCCGAAGAUUAUCUUAACAAAUCAGGUUGUAAACAAUUCCCAAUUACAUGUUUUAUUUUUGAAUUGUUCCGUAAAGUAAGCUUGUAUGUGAGUGUGUGAUAUGUUAAGUAAAGAGUUUUAAUAUAUUUACAAAUUUGUUGUCGGUCUGUUGUUGCCUGUUGUAUGAUUUAGGGGGAUGUAGUGGCAUCUAGUGGU